UCACUCAUUCACUACUGAAAUGAUCUAUCAGAUUCCUUUGUGUAAUCUAAAGAUUAUGUCUAUUUCGAAACAGUAAUCCAUCCAUCACGGCAGUUCAUUCAGUGCGAUCUACGUUCUUCUGUUGACUGAUUUAUCGAUCUGGAACUAUUUAAAUAAAAUGGUUGACGCAGCAAUAAUGCGAAGAAAAUCGCAAAUGUUCUUAACGAACAUUUCGCCAGUUUAUGACACGCACGACGAAGUGAUCAGAAAAAAAUUAAAACGGGGUAAAUUUCCGCCGACUAAGACCGGGAUAAUUAAAAUGAUCAGUUUGAGCCUCCAAAUCGGGAGUAUAGCGGGUUGGGCCGUUCUGGAUAAAAACUGCGACAACUUGGGAAUUUCGUAUUCCAACCUGGGAAGCACUUGCAUGGGAUUCGCCAUUCAGUUGCUGCUAUUUCUAUGGUUUUCGUUUGGAAAAACCGUCAAAGAUCCAGGGUUUUGGAUCAACUUGGAUAUUGCUGUAAACAUGGUCAUAUCAUUAGUGACUAUAUUGACUUCGAUUAUUUCCAUAAAAAUUUGCAAAGUCACUGAUGUUCAACAUUUAACAGCGGCGCUGUCAACUGCAGGAGCAUGUGUUAGCGUAUGUGGAUGUGCAGCCCUUUUCCUAAUGUACCGUUUCAUCGAAGAACCAGACCCUGAACAAGCAGCCCCAAAAUCGAUCCGGCCAGAUCCGAGAAAAUCGCUAUUUGCUUAAGAGAUUAUUCACUGAAGCUACAAAAUAAAUAAAUCCCAGAAAACAUUUUCUUAUUAA